CUAAUGGAUUCGAGUACAUCUUAUACCAGAGUCAAAAAGGUUGUCUGCCACGUGUGCCAAAAGAAAUUUUCAAAGACUGAGCACCUACGUAGACAUGAACGUUGCCAUACCGGAUUUAAGCCAUAUGUUUGUAAAGAGUGUCGCCGUCCUUUUGCCAGACAGGAUGCCCUCUCGCGACAUGAAAAGCUUCAUUUGCGUUACAUUGAUGCAAAUGAGAGCUCAAUGCCGGCCUCUAUUUUAGACUCUAUGUCUUCGAGGGACUCCAGCAGCGCUUCUAUAGCCACCGGAACGUCAACUUCGGCUACUAGUCACUCGUGGGAAGAGCCACAGAUAUCACAGCAUACUGCUUUGGAUAGUGCUGUCUCUGAUCUGGACUUCGCCCUUAUAUGGCCAGAUUCAGAGAAUCUCUUCCAGAGUCUCAUGUCCUCGGAUACGACAGAUCAAUGGCAGAUGCCACUUGGGACUCUGCCAUUUUUACCCGUCGUGCAGAAUGUCAAUGAGGUCAACUUUGGAUCACCAAACUUAAUUGAGGAUCGAAGCUCACCGGUGGAUAUGCCUUUUGGAGAAGGCCAACAGGCUGUUCGGGAUGUGACAGAAAUGGUGAAGAGCUCGUCUUUGAGUGUCACAGCCGAUGUUAAGGCCAGUUCUAUCACAUCUGUCUUCCUUGAUGAAUGCCUGCACAUGUUCUUUGCUCGAUUUAUCCCAACCUUUCCAAUCCUGCACAGGGCCACCUUCGUUUUCCGUGAAUGCACUCAUCCCUUGCUUUUGAAUGCCAUCGCCAUUGGCUCUUUGUAUCUUGGUCCCCGAGACUCCAUAGCUAAAGGAGAAGCAUUGUGGCGACUCGCUCAUACGGCUGUUGCCACAUCAUGGCAGUUAUUCAUCACACACAUUGGCCCCUACGAUGCAUGUCAAGGUGUACAAUUGGUGAUAUCCACUCUGUUAGGGCAAAUUUAUGGCGCCUUGUCCAAAGACCGUACCAUCAGCAUGACAAGCCGUGUCUUUCGCCCUCUGGGCUUUUUCUGGGCGCGGCACUGUGGCAUGUAUGACAGUGAGCCUUACUCUAUGGAGAAUCUCCCAGCAAUAGAUGCCCCUGCUGCUGAGAAGGAGCACCAGUGGCGCACAUGGUCGGCACGAGAAAUCCAGCAGCGUGCGCUGCUCGCAUACUAUGUUUUGGAUGGUCUUGUCGCUCAGAUGUCUGGCGACGGUGCUUCCGAUCGUCACCUAUCCAAUCCUUUGAGCUUGCCAAGUAGCGAGGUGGCCUUUGAUGCGUCUACUGCCGAUGAGUGGCUGACACAAAUGCACUCCCAGAAGCCAGAUGAGUCUUCUUUCCGUGCUGUCUUCCGAUCCCUAUUUCCGCCGAUCGGGAAUUUGCGGGCUUUGGACUAUAAUUUCUCUGCCUUUGCCCUGCGCGUAGUAUUGGAAGGUCUUCAGACUCUGAUAUCGGAUUGUGACGAUCAAGACUUAGCUGUCGGUAUACCUGGUCGGUCAGACUUACGCAGAGCCCUUGCUCAGGUCCAUGAGACCAUAUCGAUGAGCAUACACAUAUCAGCCGCACAGAGAUUAGAACUCCUGCUCCGUUGGCACACGACUUGCCUUGACACUAUGAUCAACUCGACAGCUCUCUCUCGUCAUAUUUGCACGCGCUAUAAUAUACCCCAAGACGUGUCAGGCGGCCGUCGAGCAGUCCGAUCAGACUUUGACUUCAUCAAGUUCACCACUACAGAAGAUGCAAGACGUGCAGUCCUCCACGCCGUCGCAAUUCAAGAUAUAAUAGAACAACUACCACGCGGUCGCGCUCAUGUAAUACAUAUGCCCAGCUCACUUUUCGCCGCAGCCACAAUCUACGUUGCCUUCUCACUUUCUGGUCUAGCUACUGUCAACUUGCCCUCAUCGAUAGUCUGGCAAGAUGCCCUUUUAUUGCGAUCAGACCUCCAUCUUGAUGAUGAUGAUAUCCGACCGUCAUAUGGAUCAAAUACGCGGCAGUUUGUCGAGACUGUGCCGUGUAUACCAUCCCCUCAAAUUGGGGGCUCAGUACGUAAUCUCUUGUACGAGCUCAACUCUGUGCAGAAACUAUUCAGUUGCCUCGCGUCGCAGUGGGGAAUAGCUCAUCAUAUGGGAGAUAUUGUCGCACAGUGGAUUCAGCUGUGUCACUAG